AUGCUAGCACAACUGACUGGAAAUCUUCCUACUUGCCACAUUAGUGCAGUGACUAAGCAAGCAUUUCCAGAUCCGAUUAAAGCGGAUAAACGAUUUUUCGUCAACGAACCCGUAGACCUUGUUCUGGGUGGCGGCAUAUAUCCACAAAUUAUUCUGAGCGGGCUAAAGAAGAACAUAUUAAACACACUUCUGGCCCAAGAAACAGUAUUUGGCUGGAUAAUAACAAGGCGUACUGAUACCACGAAUCCAGGAAUGAAUAUCGUCUCCUACUAUAGCGAAGUUAGUCUGGACAAGCAACUGAGUGCCUUUUGGGAGCUAGAGGAGAUUCCAAAGAACAAAAGCCCUAACGAAGACGACAAGUACUACGAGGAGCUGUAUCAGAAGACAACCACACGAAAUAUUGAAGGAAAAUACAUCGUGUCACUAUCAUUUAGACAAGAUUUUCCAGGAAAUAUUUCCCUAGACCCAUCCUUUAAAAGGGCAUGUUCUCAAUUUUACCGGAAUGAGACACGGCUGGCCAAGGAUCCCGUUCUGCAAAAGGAAUACAAUAGGGUUCUAGCGGAAUAUGAAACGCUUGGGUAUGUGUCGAAAAUAACAAAUCCCAUACCCGCAGACUCGUCUGAUAAUUGUUUUCUGCCGCACCAACGAAAGUACGCGUGGUGUUCAAUGCCUCACGCCAAACGGCGAAUGGCAACAGACUAA